AUGAAAAGACGUGUGAUUUUUGCUCUGUUAGUUUUGCUUGUGCUUAUUCAACUUGGCCGCUCACAUAUUCAAGAUGAAAAUGGUAAGUUACAGGCGUCGUCUCGAUAAGACCAAAGGUCGAUUUUGUUUUGGUCAUAGUGUUAGCUUUAGUCGCGAUCGCUGUUUAAACAGACCAAGGCGUGGUCAGAGCAGGACGAUUUCGUUUCAGUCAUAGAGUGGACCAUUCUUAUAUAUUCACGCUGUAUAGCAUGGUACACCGUGAUCGUGCUUGCGCAAUUCUUAGAGAUUUAAUCCAAAUCAUCCCGUACUGAUCCACUGCUAUAGUAUAAGCGUCAUAUUUUUAUGAGCUAUGUAGUAUAAGCGUCAUCCUUAACUAUGCUAACAUUAUUUAUAUACUGGAUAGCCUUAUUAGUUCUUUCUAGAGAGCCGGUAAAGUUAAAUUAAAAUCCGGUUUUAAUUACAAAAUGAAACCAAUUUCCAAAAGAUAUAUAUAUAUAUAUAUAUAUAUAUAUAUAUAUAUAUAUAUAUAUAUAUAUAUAUAUAUAUAUGUUAUUAUACGUAAUAUACACUUCAUAUAAGGUAAAAUUCAACCACAAACGCUUUGCAAAACGUUUUAAAAUGUUUUUUUAUAAAACUAAACUGCCUUCAUCUAUAAACUUUGAGUUUGAAAUAAAAUGACUUCAAAUCCUUGCCUGGAAAUAACUUUGCUUUCUUUUUUAUUUAAAAAUUUUAAUACAAAAAAGGAUAAUCAAUAAAGAUACACUAAAAUUAUAUAUGCUGCCUUUCUUCAUUUAAAAUAUACGAUUACCUUUUAAAGCAAUUAUAAAGCAAACCAUAUACAUGCAUCAAUAUUUAAAACAAACUUACCUUCGUUAAUGUCGGCGCUUUUGCUCCCUUCUUUUAGCAAUUCUUUCGCCUUUUUUUCUCAAAAAGCUUUUGAGAUUUACAAAAUCUUGCAAUAAUGAAAUAUAUUUGGAAGAAAUCACAAAAUCAAGAAAUGUUUGCUAUUUCGCUGUCAUCAUGAAGUCGUUAUAGCGCAAAUUUUAAAUUGGACCAAUCAGAGUGUUCGUUAUUCAUGACAGUCCGCUACAUUUUGAGAUCAGUGAGGAUGACCUUUAGAAUUCGCUAAUGCUUUCAUUUCCCCGGGAAUAAUUAUAGCCGGGCUGAAUUAGUACCCUCGCCCCUGGUUAACGCCCGGUACGGCGCCCCGCGCCGUUGGCUGGGGGAUUAUAAAACAAGAUGACGGAUGGCAGGAUAUUUUGGUUUAAAAUACCUCAGAAACACUAAGAUAGUUUGGGGGAAUUUGUAAAUAGGUUUGUAAAUAAUCUUAACAUUCUUUCCAAUUCGGCAAACAUAAGUUUUGUCGCCAUUUUCCUUUAAGCCAUUUUUAUUGCCCAUGAAACGUGAAAUGGCUAUUUUUAAUUAUUUUCCAUGAGUUGUGAUUUUACAUGAAUGAGAUUUAGCAAUUUCCCGAGAAAGCGGAGAAACUUGAUUUUAAACAUAUUGCAGGUAAUAGAACAUCGUUUUAUACACAGCAUGAUACUUUUAGAAACUGUACAAUUUAAUUUCCGUGUUUAAACUACACCGUUUAUUGGGUAAAAGCGAAAGAAAUAGUAUAUAGUAAUAGUCAUGGUUUCCGUGAAACGUGACACAGAAGAUUUUUUACUUCGUAAAUCGUGAGAUCGCCUUUCGAUGCCCAAUUUUUUGUUUUGCAGACACAGGCGAAACCGAAUUAUCCAAAAGAAAUAUCCUUACAGCACGAAAAACGUUCCAAAAAUUGAAAUCAUCUUUUAUCAGGCUGGCUGCAAGAAAUGGUAACAGGAAAAGGUUCAGGACACGGAGAAGGAUUAGAUUUAGCUUGCGAAGAAAAUCACGCCCUACAGGUAAUAAGAAUCAUGGUUUCAAUGAUGUUAAUUACUUACAAUCGCCCAUACUUUUGAAUGAUAACUCAGAAAAGACAUAAUUAAAUAUCUUAACCUGACAACUGACGAUUGUGAAACCGACAUAAUCCCUCGUUAAUUUUUGAACUAUAGGCUCGUCCAAAUUAGAUAUAGUAUUUGUCAUGGAUAAAUCUGGAAGCAUUGGCCCAAGUAACUUCGUCUUGGAAAAAAAAUUUGUUCAAAAUUUGAUUGAAUAUUUCCCAAUAUUUUCCGCCAAGACUCGAGUAGCGAUCGUUACAUAUUCCACUCGCGUGAAACUGGAAUUCAACUUUAUUAAAUAUAUCAAUAAGAAGUGUUUACGAAAGGGAAUUCAGAAGAUUAGGUAAGGAAAGUACAGUUGGGAACAACCAUAUAUAACAGACACUUUGUGACCAUGCAACCUUAUAAUUAUAAUUAAUAUAACUUACAUUAUAAAUUUUUACAAAUUAUACAGUGCUAGUUUCCGGAUUGUAAUUGUUUGUUUUGGGUUUUCUCAAAAAGAUAAUAAUUUAAAAAAGGUUGUCCUUCGAAACUCUAUAGCUAAACCUUAAAUUUUUAACCUUAAAUUUUAAGCGCGGAAAAGGCAAUAGGAACACACAGUGUUUGUCGUAUUUAGUCAGAAAACCAGAAAUACUUCACAUAAUCCUUGUGCAUUUACAGCCGAAAUUCACGAUUGAGAGCGUUCUCAUUGGACUUCGCGCUUAAAGUUUAUUUUAUGGUCUACGGUUUAAAGAGGUCUAAGCUUUAGAGUUUAGAAGGACAUGCAUAUAUAUAAAAUAUUUUAGGGCCAAAUCUUCCUUUAAAGCAGAAAAUGCCACUUCAUAGACUCUAGAUUUCAAAAUUUUUCGCAGGAACAUGGCCCCGGACCCGCCUAAGUUUGUUUAGCAGCUGCUCUAAGUAAAGCAAUCCUCUGUUGCCUAUGGUCCGCUGUCAUGCAAGUGUUUGUUAAUUAGUAUAUGUAUAUUGAUUUUAUAUUUAUAUUUCCUUAUAUAUCUAAUCCUUCAGAUUCAGUUUUACUAUUAGGAUACCCUUUACUCAUCCUGUUAUUUAUUGUCAAGUUUAUUAUUAUUUAAUCUAGUUAAUUUAACUAUUUUCUAUUUUUUAAUUUUCUGUAACUGUUUACGUAUCUUUGUAUAUUAUAUGAAGAUGAAUGAAUAAAAUUUAUUACCUUUCAUUACCUUCGUAUAUACGAAAACAGUAAUUGUUUACUCCACAGAUACACAGGUGGUCUCACGGCCACCGGCUCUGCCCUUCAAUACGUGAAAAACCGUUUGCUAUUCAACCGUGCUGCGGGAGCUAGAAGCGAGGCUACGAAAGUGAUUUACGUGCUAACGGAUGGUAAAUCUAACCUGGGCGUCAAACCUAGCAUUCCUGCCGUCCAGUUAAAACGAAGACGAGUGAUUAUCUAUGCCAUGGGGGUGACAAGCCAUAUUAGAGAAAGUGAGCUGAGACAAAUAGCUAGUUUAAAGGACCAUGUGCUUCAUGUUAGAAAUUAUGCAGUACUGAAUGAAGUAACACGCUUGCUACAGGGAGGUGAGUCGAUAAUUCAAGAGACCGUUUCAAAGGGCCCUCAUAAUUGUACGCUUGUGCGGAAAGAAUCGCCAUUAACAUCAGCUUUUGCUGUUUCGUCUAACGUCCUUAAUUAAAUUCUAAAUAAAAUUUUGAUAAACUUUAUUAUCAUCAUCAUCCACAUUAUCAUCAUCAACAUUAUCAUCAUCAUUAGGCCUAACAUCAUCAUGAUGAUGGAUAAGUUGAUCUAACAAUUCAAAUUUGUGUCAGCAUGUUCUUUUUAACAAAUAAAAAGUGGGUCAUUUUUUUGUUCUUUCCGCAUCCUGAUGUCAUACUGUGUAUCUAUAACUGAACAGUUUAUUGUUUUAUAUAAUAAAAAGAAAAACCCCGAAUCAAACAGGUAAAUAGAUUACGUUUUGUCUACUCAAACAUUUUGGAAAUUUGAAAAAGUCGAAAUUUUACAAAUAUCACGCGUACAUCAUGAUCUAUACAAACAAGGGAAUGCUAUUGACUAUACCUUAAUUGGGACGUCAUUCCGUGCGUGUGUCCUCUAAUACAUAAUGGCUCUGGACCUUUUACAUUUUAUAACACCAAAAAAAUCAUAUUCUAAUAUAUGAUUUUGACCCUGAGCUAAUAAGACCAUGAAAACAAAUAUAACCCAGCUUUUCUGCAUGAUCCUAACCCCUGACGUUAACCUCGGCUUAAAGUACUAAGUACAGUACUGUACUGAUGUAAUUUUUCAGGACAGUCAGGUCGGUAUCCUGGUUAAAAUAUAGCAGUUCCUUUUUUAUGAAUUCGUCCGUGAGAAGGAGGGAAGAUCUACAAAAAGGACCAUACUAUAGCUGUUUUUCUUGCAACUGCAUGUGAUGUGUCGUUAUUGUCUUCAGACUACUAUCAAACUUAUUCCAUAUGAGCUUUCCCUAAAAAUUAAAACCAUGUGAAUAACAGGCGCCUGGUUUUUUGGUGGUCAAUAAACAAGACAGAGUGUCGACUGUUACUGUGCUAAAGCGUAUACCCUGUGCUAAAGCUUAUAUGAGGUUUGGAUGAGUAUCGAUUUGGUUGUCGAUAAUGAAACAAUUAGUGAAGAAAUUUGGAUAAUCUUUUAAGAUUUUUUCAGUGCGGGAAAAAAAUUGAAAAAAAAGAUUUCAGACUAUGGUUGUGCGAUGCUGGAUCGGAUGGACUAUGCAAGACCUGCCUGCAACUAAAACUUAUAAUUUAUCCUUCAGAUUUAUCACGAAAAUGUCGUCAUGGUCAGACAGUUUACGACGAGUGUGGACGACGCUGCAAAUGCCAGGCUGGCAGGCUUGUUCAUUGCUGUAGAAUGCGGAAAGAGUUUACCGAUAUGACCUAUCAAGAACGAGUUCGAUAUAUCAAAACAGUUAAAACCGCCUCAUCCGUCCUGCCUUACAAAAGAAGCCAUGAGGCGUUGUUAACUAUGCAUAAAACUCUCUUCGACACUCCCAUCCACCGCCGCGAUUAUUUCCUUCCCUGGCAUCGCUGGUUUAUAUUACAAUAUGAAAACCUCUUGAAGCAGAUCGAUUGUCGUGUAACUGUGCCAUACUGGGAUUGGAGUCUAGUGGGUGCCAAUCCCUUCGCAAGUAAUUUCUGGAACACAGGCGCCAGCGGUUUUGGUGGAAACGGCAACCCUCCUGGUAGUUGUGUCAAUACAGGCCCGUUUCGAGUCGGGAAGUUCUCACUUGUCGCUUCGGCCGGAGGGGGUUGCCUGACCCGUAACUUUAAUGGCUCAGCUCCCGAUGCUGUGGCAGUUAAAGACUUACUCACAACCACCCCUGCGAAUUUUUAUGAAUUUGAGGAAAUGCUAAGGCGAAAAUUUCACGAUGAUAUUCAUUGCAUCAUACGCGGGACAAUGUGUAGCCCAGAUUCUGCUUCAGCGCCUGAAUUUUUUCUACAUCAUGGUUUUGUUGAUAAAAUUUGGUAUGUAUUUGUGAAAAUAAAAGUAUGGGAUGCUAACGCUUUUUAA